AUGCUCUCUUCCCCAAGUACUACGAUUCCCUGGCAUGCGACGCUAUUGUCUGUCAUCUCCAUCGGCACUACUCCAGGACUUGCACCUCCAGCUGCUCCGCUUCUCGCCAUCGGCCCUGUUGCCGAUAAAGGUGACCAUGCUGAUCAGCAUAGCGGCAUGCCUACGCCAGCUUCGUUAAGUCUCAUGAGCUCCACCUCCAGACUCGGACCGACAACCCUGGCCCCGCCGGGCAACGUUAACUUCGACGUGUUAGGUUUCGUAGACGCUACCGUGAUGCUUUGUAAUACGGACAUAUAA